AUGACUGGUUCAUAUGAGCUGAGACACACUAGAGCUCUGCACGGGCAUGAAUUUCAGGCCCUACCCUACCCAGGCCCCCAACGUUCAGCCCCAAGCCCCCAUGCCCCCAACGUUCAGCCCCAAGCCCUACCCAUGCCCCCAACAUUCAGCCCCAAGCCCUACCCAUGCCCCCAACAUUCAGCCCCCAAGCCCUACCCAUGCCCCCAACGUUCAUUACCCAUGCCCCCAACGUUCAGGCCCCAACCCUACCCAUGCCCCCUAACGUUCAAGCCCCACCCUACCCAUGCCCCCAACGUUCAGCCCCAGGCCCUACCCAUGCCCCCAACGUUCAGGCCCUACCCUACCCAUGCCCCCAACGUUCAGGCCCCACCCUACCCAUGCCCCCAACGCUCAGGCCCCACCCUACCCAUGCCCCCAACGUUCAGGCCCCACCCUACCCAUGCCCCCAACGUUCAGGCCCCACCCUACCCAGGCCCCCAACGUUCAGGCCCCACCCCUACCCAGGCCCCCAACGUUCAGGCCCCACCCUACCCAGGCCCCCAACACGCCUUUGUGAACAGCCAGGAGUGGACCCUGAGCCGAUCGGUACCAGAACUCAAAGUGGGCAUUGUGGGUAACCUGGCCAGUGGGAAGUCUGCGCUGGUUCACAGGUACCUGACAGGAACAUACGUCCAGGAGGAAUCUCCAGAAGGCUACGCUGCGUCUCAAUAG